UCUAUCUAUCUGAUGAAACUCCAACUUUCUUGUCAUUCAAAGCUAUGAGCUCGUGAUGCCUAGCAGCGCGUAUCUAUACUGUGCGGCGCGAGCUCCUUGUAUGGAGCGACACGCGUGAGGAAGAUCGCGCGCAGAUGGGUGGGGGCCUUGUGGAAACUGAUCCGCCACAGCGCGCACAGUCUAAAACAGACUCUUAACGUACUGCCAAACCGGAGGGACACGGAAACGCCCCGUACCCGACUCCCCCUGCCAGUCUCCACAUCUCUGGGGAAACAUCUGAACUAAUUCAACAGGGCAAAGGCUGAAGUAGCUGGAGGGACCAAAAGCAUCUGAGAUUUGUUUGUGGAAGUAUAGCGGCGCUCAUGGCGGCAGCUCGGCUGCUUUAGGAGGGUCACUUCAGUCAGUGGAUUUUAGAGGGAGAAACUCGUCUGUUGGAUGUCAGUCAGAAGAAUAAUGGAUGCUCUCAGAUUGUCCGCUGCUAUUCUUCUACUUCUGUCUUUAUUCAGCUGUGGAAGCGCUAUACAGUUUCCCGACUCCCAUCUGACCCGGAAAUGGGCGAUGCAGAUGCAGGAGGAGCUGGUGCAGUUGAUCGAUGCUGAGACCGGCAUACAAGAGCUCCAAAAAAUUUUCCUGCAGUUUCGGAACCACUAUAAUGUGAAACAAAACAACGCUACACAGCUGGUGGCAAAAGCUGCACGUGAAAUCGAGAAACUUCUUGCCAGUCGUUCCAAAGCUCUAGAGGCGCUGGCGACGGCUGCGGAGAACCUGCAGAAGGAGCACCAGUGGAAGGAUGAUCUUGAUGUUAAUGAUACCAUCUACUACAAUGCCAAGGACAAGUUUGACAUCAAUGACACUGAAACACGCCAGAACCGCGUCAAGCUAGAAUUCAAAGAGGAUCCUGCUUUCAAACGCCCUGUUUCAUACAGUACAACAGCAGUGCACAUUCCCACUGAUAUCUACGAGGGCUCCACUAUAAUCCUGAAUGAGCUAAACUGGACUGCGGCUCUGGAUGACGUCUUUAAGAAGAACAAGGAAGAUGACCCGUCACUCCUCUGGCAGGUGUUUGGCAGUGCCUCUGGCCUGGCUCGAUACUUCCCAGCUUCCCCUUGGGUUGACACGAGGAACACACCGAACAAGAUUGACCUGUAUGAUGUACGCCGAAGGCCCUGGUAUAUUCAAGGUGCAGCUUCACCUAAAGACAUGCUGAUCCUGGUGGACGCGAGUGGAAGCGUGUCGGGUCUGACACUGAAGCUCAUUCGCACUUCCGUCAGCGAGAUGCUGGAGACUCUCUCCGAUGAUGAUUACGUCAACAUCGUCUCUUUCAACAAUUCGGCCAAGUCGGUCGCCUGCUUUCAAAACCUGGUCCAAGCGAAUGUCCGUAAUAAGAAGAUUCUGAAGGAAGCAGUCCAGAAGAUCACGGCGAAUGGCACCACUGACUAUAAAAUCGGCUUCAAGGAGGCUUUUUACCAGCUCUCCUCAAUCAAUGUUUCAAGAGCAAACUGUAAUAAGAUCAUCAUGCUAUUCACUGAUGGAGGGGAGGACAGAGCUUCAGAGAUCUUUGAAGAGUACAACAGUGAAAAGAAGGUUCGAAUCUUCACCUUUUCUGUGGGCCAGCAUAACUAUGAUAAGACACCAAUUCAAUGGAUGGCUUGCAAUAACAAAGGUUAUUAUUAUGAGAUCCCCUCGAUUGGAGCCAUCAGGAUCAACACCCAGGAGUACCUGGAUGUGUUGGGUAGACCCAUGGUGAAAGAAUACAAGAAAGCAAAGAGUGUACAGUGGACCAACGUUUAUGUGGACGCUCUAGAAUUGGGCCUUGUGAUUACAGGCACUCUGCCAGUGUUCAAUAAGACCAGCACCAGGAAGAGUCAAGACAAGAAUAAGGCCCAGAGCCAGCUGAUUUUGGGGGUGAUGGCCAUAGACGUGUCUCUGGAUGACAUCAAGAGACUGACUCCACAUUACACUCUCGGACCAAAUGGAUAUUACUUCGCCAUCGACCCCAACGGCUACGUGCUACUUCACCCCAACCUUCAGCCAAAGGAUCUCAAGUCUCAAGAACCCGUGACAUUGGACCUCUUGGAUGCAGAACUAGAGGAUGAAGUGAAGGUGGAGAUCAGAAGUAGUAUGAUAGAGGGUCAGAAGGAUCAAAAGAGAUUCCAAACACUUAUGAAGUCUCAAGAUGAGCAUUACAUAGACAGAGGCAUCAGAACCUACACUUGGGGUCCAGUCCAUGACACAGACUACAGUCUCGCUUUAGUUCUACCUGAUUACAGUGUCAGCUACAUCAAGGCCACUAUAGUAGACACCAUCACUCAGGCCAAAUUUUUUGAAAGCCUGCAUGUGGACAGAUUUGAAGAGUAUGGAUAUACUUUAAUAGCACCCAGAGAUUACUGCACAGACCUGAAAGCUCAGAGUGACAACAACACACAAUUCCUCACAGACUUCAUUGAGUACAUUGACAUUCAUACCCCCAACCACUCACCGUGUAAUAUGGAGCUAAUAAACAGACUGCUGCUGGACGCUGGCAUCACCGCUGAACUGGCCAAACACUGGAACAAACAGGGGCAGAAUGAGAGAAUCAGGGCUAAGUUUGUGCUGACAGACGGCGGAGUCACUAGAGUCUAUCCUGCGAGUGCUGGUUCAGAAUGGACUGAACAGGCAGAAACAUACAAGUCUAGUUUCUACAAGAGAAGUCUGGACAACAACAUUUUUGUAUUUACAUCAUCGCCAUAUGCAUUCAAUGAAACUCAAGAUUCUAUUUUAGUGAGCAGAGCGAUGGACCUGAGAGUUGAUGAAUUCAUGCUGAAGCCAGCAGUGGUUGGUGUAAAACUGGAUAAACAGACUUGGAUGGAAAGCUUCAUCAACGCUACGAUUACGCCCAAAUGUGUUGGAGAAAUCUGUGGGUGCAGGAGGGACGAUAGCAAUCUGGACUGCUUUCUUCUGGAUGAUGGAGGCUUUCUUGUCAUGACCAAUAAGGACCUCUAUAUCAAUAAGAUCGGACAGUUUUUCGGGAUGAUUGACCCCAGCCUAAUGAGGAAUCUGAUAAACGAAUCCCUGUUCUCCGUCAACAUAACCUAUGACUACCAGGCCCUCUGUGAACCCACCAAAGAAACUAAAGCCGCCGCUGGUCUCAGAUCAGUCUAUGUGCCCACCAUAGCUGACAUCCUGAACAUUGGUUGGUGGGCUUCUGCAGCAGCCUGGUCAAUAUUGCAGCAGUUUUUUGUCAGCAUCACAUUUCCUAACUUCCUUGAGGCAGCGGACCUAGACGAUGACCUGUCUGAAAUGCCAUCUAAAGAGAGUUGCAUUAAAGAGCAGAAACAGUAUUUCUUUCAGAACGAUGAGACAACUUUUAAGGGGACUAUUGAUUGUCAGAACUGCUCCAGGCAGUUCAUAGCUGAAAAGCUUCCGAAGACAAAUCUGGUGCUUAUUGUUGCCGACACAAAAGAACCGUGUUGCCAGGCUGAUGAAAGAUUUUUCUCCCAGGAAGAAAAGCCUUCUCCAGGUCCAGAUCCCUGUGAGAUAGCCCAGAACCCACGCUAUCGGAAAGGUCCGACACAGUGCUUUGAAAACAACGCAAGUGAGCAGAAUGAGGAUUGCGGUGGGGCGUCGAGUCUGAGUCCAUCUAUCGUGUCCAUGGUCAUCCUCCAGCUGCCGCUGCUCUGGCUUCUGAUUGGACGAGGACACUGCCUCUCGUGACCUCAGCAUAGAGACGCCGCACCCCUCUUCGAUGCCAAAACUUACAUUUAAACGUUCAUCUGGACUCCCACGCUACAGCCCAGCACACGGAGGGAGAGGCUCUGACCCAGGAAGUACAAAACCCAAGCCGCGAUCACUCACAGCCUUUGAGGUCAAAGUAGGUCGGAGAUGAUAAAUGAGCAACGACCUUUGACAUUUGACCCGUGAGGUCAGACUCUCUCCACAUGAGCGACAGGGUGGGCAGACCUUGACACUUCAUCGUCACUUCGCUAUGAAGAAAUGUCCUUUCUUUAAAACGAAAAAAAAUUAUCCAAUCACAACACUGCCAACCAAAAUUUCGCCCUUUACUGGUGUGAUGCCUUUUUUAACCUAAAUAUGUCCUUCAACAUAUUUACACGGCUAAUUCCUCAGUAUUACAAACUGUUCGUGUGUGACUUUUAUGGUUUGCCCUGCUGAGAUCUUUAAUGGACCCCUCCGGGUUGGGUCAAAAUCCAGCCUUAUUUGUGGUCUGCAGCCCAUUACUGGGCCCGAUGCAAAAGUCUCUUGUUUUUCCCAGUGGUCUCCACCUCUGUGCCUCGGGAAUAUCGGUUUCAUUUCAGACCGCCGUUUUAUAGUAAACAAUCCCUCCCUCCAUUUGUCAGUGGGUACCUGUAUUCGCUAUUUUUUAUCGGCCCAUAGUGCAUUUCAAAUGCGCACUGCUGCCAAACGUUACCCUGUGUGUGGUCUUGCUGUACUUUGCCCUUAAUGCCAAGCAGGUCGUGUGGCCAAACAGCCCUUUGGUUCUUAUUUAGGGCUUUUUAAAUGACUGCCGAUUCGUACCGACCUAAAAGCUCGCAAAGUUAUGCGUCCUGGCUGUGAAUAUGGCGAGAAAUCCCUGCUGUUGCAUGUGUGUGUGUGUGUGUGUGUUUUUUGUUUUUUGUUUUUCGGUGUAUUAGCUGUUUAUUUGAGAUUAAGUUAUUGAAAAUGAGCUAAGAGUUUUCUGCUGUAUGUUUAAUGUUGAGUUUUAUGUGCUAUGCAGAUGCUAAAGGGUGAAAGGCAUUUAUGACAUAGUUGCUCUUUCCCACACUUUAAUUUCAUCUGGAGAACUCGAAAAGGUGGAAAGAAAAUGAUCUAAUGUUUACAGAUAUUUUGAGACACUCGAGAGAGUUUUUAUAAGAAAUGUUGCCCCUGGUUGUGUUGUCUGAGUCUCUGAUGUGUCAUUUUUCACUUUAAUGUCAGAGGCAGAGCUCUGUCAGCCUUUCUUUCCUGUCAACGUGCCUUGAUGUGAAUGGAUUCAUAAAAAAAAUGUCAAUGUGCAAUCUGACCCAGAGAAAUGCUAAAUAUCGGCAUUCUGAUCUGAUGAAAAAUUCAACUUCCGUCCCUUUAAGAGGUCCUGACUGGAUCUUUGUGCCUCAUUGAAAUCUUGGCCAAAAUCCAAAAUUUAUGGAAUAAUUAAGAUUUUGAGAAGAGACAAGGAUAAUUACAGAAGCCCUGGACUGCUCACAAAUUGAACGUUAUAAAAA